UUCAGUGGAAUUCCAAUAAAAUGAUUCAUGUUUGUGGCUGUAAUGUGACAAAAUGUGGAAAAGUUCAAGGGGGCCGAAUACUUUUGCAAGCCACUGUAGACAAACACAUGUAAGAACCGUUACAAAUGUCUACAUCGAAAUCUCAGUAAAUAGUGAUAUAUAGUUUGAUCCGAUCAUUUCCACUUUCAAAAGUGUGUUCAUACAAAUAUUUGACAUUUCUUUAAAUAACAGACUGCUUUAUCCAACUGAGAACAUCAACUGCAGCUUCUCAUUACACACAAAUCAAUUCUUCAAAGCAAAGCAGUUUCAUUGAGAUUCCUCUAAUAUUGAAAUCAAACAAGUUUUUAGCUGAAGAAAAACCUGCAGACAGUUUUAACUGUGCUGUGAAAGGAUAAGAGCUUUUCCAUUCUAACAGUGUGUGAGUUCACUUCUCUUACUCCUUUACUCCUCAAUAAAGCGGAUUUGUUUUGUUUUGGGAAGUUUACAAUGUUUUCCUUUUAGAAUAUAAGCUAUUAAUAUUUGAAAAUUUGGUUCUAACUAUAUAUUGUAUACAUUGUAAUUACAUAUUGUAUGUUUCCUCCUCCAGAUGCUCCAAAGCUUCCCUCUGUGUCAGUGAGUCCCUCUGCUGAGAUAGUGGAGGGCAGUUCAGUGGCUCUGACCUGUAGCAGUGAUGCUAACCCAGCAGCUAGUUACACCUGGUACAAGGAGGAUGUCAUCAACCCUCUCAGUUACCAAAACCAACAUGUUUUCAGCUCCAUCCUGCCCUCUGACUCUGGAAAGUAUUACUGUACAGCUGAUAAUGACCUGGGACAAAAGAGAUCUGAAAGCAGAAACAUUGAUGUGAAAUAUGCUCCAAAGCUUCCCUCUGUGUCAGUGAGUCCCUCUGCUGAGAUAGUGGAGGGCAGUUCAGUCACUCUGACCUGUAGCAGUGAUGCUAACCCAGCACCUAGUUACACCUGGUACAAGGACAACAAAAUACUGGCAACAGGACAAAAGAAUGUUUAUCACUUUAUCUCCAUUAAAUUGGAGAACAGUGGGAAUUAUUCCUGCAAGUCUGAGAAUCAGUAUGGACAGAAGAACUCUACGUCUCUAUCCAUAGAUGUUCAAUAUCCUCCAAAGCUUCCCUCUGUGUCAGUGAGUCCCUCUGCUGAGAUAGUGGAGGGCAGUUCAGUCACUCUGACCUGUAGCAGUGAUGCUAACCCAGCAGCUAACUACACCUGGUACAAGGAGGAUGAAGACUCACCUAAAGCAUCAGGACACAACUUCACCAUCAGCAACAUCAGACCUGAGCACAGUGGGAGUUAUUACUGUGUGGCCCACAACAGCAGAGGACGUCAUAAUGUCACCUUACAGCUGACUGUCAGGGAAGAUUUCCCGCAGGCGGCAAAACUAGCUGUCACUGGAAUAACUCUUGUGGUUUUCCUAGUUAUUAUAUGCCUCUUGGUCUUUUUCCUGCUUGCAAAAAAGAAGCCCUCAGCAUUAUUUCCUGUGCCUGGAAAUAGACGGGACAACAACAACAAGGUGAGCAUUUAAUAACUGAGUGUGAAAUCCUGUGAAACUGCAUUCUGGUUAUUCGUUAAAAUUCAAUUUGAACAGUCAAAGUGAAGUUUAAAAUUCCAAAACACCUGCAGAAGAAAAGAGUUGAGCCACCCGAAUUAGACUCAUCCUUAACAAUGUUUUGAUAAACUCAAAUGUGGCUGUAGUUCUCACAAUAUUCUCUGUAAAUCAGAGUUUUCUGCUAAAAAUGUCAUGAGCAACUGAGACAUUAAUAAUGUCCAUUCAGGUGACAUCACGACUGAUAAACCACCCAGUGGUAUCAGACCCCCUGCUGUCUGUGGCCAUAGAUGCACAGUGAUUUAAAACUAACUUGGAAUCUGUGGAUGUC